AUGCACCGCAUUUUAAAAGGAGGGAUUGGGCGUUAUAUGAGGCUGUUUGAGAUAUUGCCUCACAUGGAGAAAAUAAUAGAGAGAAUAAGGAAUCGGGUUCUACAUGAUGACUACCGUUCUGAGCAAUUUCGUCCUGUGUAUGACACACACAUGCGCAGCUUGGAAGAGGAGAUAUGGGAGAAAUUCACUCAUGAUGUGUUCCUAUUAAUAAGGGAUCAAAUUAACUUCGAGUGGAAUUUUGUGGUUAGUAAUGUGGACAUUACUACAGAAACUGGUGCAUCCUUAUUCAUGAUAUCCCAGUAUGAAAAGCCGGAGCGGCGUUGGAUUGUGUCCUGUGACAACGAUGACAUGAAUAUAACCUUCCUUUGUUCAUGCCAGCUGUUUGAAUCUGAUGGCAUUCCAUGCUGUCACAUUUUUUCAGUCCUUAAGCAUCAGAUGCGUACAAGACUUCCGGACUCCCUUGUGAAAAAGAGGUGGACAAAGGAAGCCAGUGUCAGGAGGACCUUAUUGAGUUCGGGAUUGGCGAAUGACAAUGCUGUUCAGCUUGCUCGAUAUGGUGAUUUGAUGUCUGCUUGUGCUAAAUUUUGUCAUUUUGCUUCUUUUAGCGACGAGGGGUAUGAGGAAGCCAAGGAGGUGCUUAGCCAGUUGACAAUCCGUGCUCAGAAAUAUCGUGUUCCAAACCAGAAUGCCUAUAAAUUUGAUAGUUCUGAAGGGCUUCACCCCAAUGUGAUCAAGGAUCCUAAUAUGUGUAAGAAUAAAGGGACGAAAUCAAAGACAUGCACUGAUAAGAACAAAAAGGGAGGAAAAAGAUGUGGAACAUGUAGAAAGAGAGGACACAACAUGCGAACUUGUGGUGCAAGAGCUGACAAGGGUAAAAACGGAGGUGGUGAUAAUGCUAAGGCCUGCUCUUCAACCGAGGGUGUCACGGAAAUAAGUGAAUCAAACAGCAGUAUUGGUGAUGAUGCCUUCUACGAGAUGGAUGAAAGCAAUGCUACCAUGAUCAAGUCACUAACAGACAUUUAA